CAGACCGCGAGCGAGAGCGCCCCCGAGCAGCACCCGCGCCCUCCGCCAGGACCUCGACAGAAGGACGCCCGCUCGUCGCCCCGGCCCUCGCCUCCUGCCGCCCAGUCCCCAGCGCCCACCGCCGCCUCAGGCCGUCUGCUGCGCACCGGCGUGUCGGCGCCUUUGCUUCCGCUCUGCCGGACUCCUGCGCGCCACAAUGAGCUCCCGCACGGCCAGGACGCUCGCCUUCGCCGUCACCUUUCUCCACUUGGCCAGGCUGGCGCUCUCCACCUGCCCCGCCGCCUGCCGCUGCCCCCUGGAGGCGCCCAAGUGCGCCCCGGGAGUUGGGCUGGUACGGGACGGCUGUGGCUGCUGUAAGGUCUGCGCCAAGCAGCUCAAUGAGGACUGCAGCAGAACGCAGCCCUGCGACCACACCAAGGGGCUGGAAUGCAAUUUCGGCGCCAGCUCCACCGCUCUGAAGGGGAUCUGCAGAGCUCAGUCAGAGGGCAGACCCUGCGAAUAUAACUCCAGAAUCUACCAGAACGGGGAAAGUUUCCAGCCCAACUGUAAACAUCAGUGCACAUGUAUUGACGGGGCUGUAGGCUGCAUUCCCCUGUGUCCCCAAGAACUCUCUCUUCCCAACUUGGGCUGUCCCAACCCCCGGCUGGUCAAAGUUACCGGGCAGUGCUGUGAAGAAUGGGUCUGUGAUGAGGAUAGUGCCAAGGACUCCAUGGAUGACAGGGAUGGCCUCCUGGACAAGGGGCUGGCAUUCGAUGCCUCAGAGGUGGAGUUAACCAGAAACAAUGAAUUAAUUGCAGUUGGAAAAGGUGGCUCCCUGAAGCGGCUCCCUGUUUUUGGACUGGAACCUCGCAUCCUAUACAACCCUUCUUUACAUGGCCAGAAAUGUAUUGUUCAAACAACUUCAUGGUCUCAGUGCUCCAAGACCUGUGGAACUGGAAUCUCCACACGCGUAACCAAUGACAACCCUGAAUGCCGCCUGGUGAAAGAAACCCGCAUUUGUGAAGUGCGGCCUUGUGGACAACUGAUGUACAGCAGCCUGAAAGGUAAGAAAUGCAGCAAGACCAAGAAAUCCUCUGAACCAGUCAAGUUUACUUAUGCGGGAUGUUCAAGUGUGAAGAAGUACCGUCCCAAGUACUGCGGCUCCUGCGUGGAUGGCCGAUGCUGCGCGCCCCUGCAGACCAGGACUGUGAAGAUGCGAUUCCACUGUGAAGAUGGAGAGACGUUUUCCAAGAACGUCAUGAUGAUCCAGUCCUGCAAAUGCAGCUACAACUGCCCUCAUGCCAACGAGGCAGCGUUUCCCUUCUACAGGCUGUUCAAUGAUAUUCACAAAUUUAGGGACUAAAUGCCACCUGGGUUGGCAGCACAAGGUGGACAAAUGGGGGAACAGAGUGCCAGAGUCAGAGAGACGUGGGUGGGGUGGUGGGGAUGAAGGGGACUCAUUGUAGAAGGGAUGAAUUGCUCGUUCUUGAGUGGUAUUAAGGUAUUUCAAAACUGCCAGGUGUGCUGGUGAGAUAGACACUAAAGCAGCCGCAAUUGGAGAAUACUUUGCUUCAUAAUACUGGAGCACGUGUUACUGCUUCAUUUUGGAGCUUGUGAUGUUGAUGACGUUCUGUUUUCUGUUUGUAAAUUGUUUGGUAAACAUAUUUUUCUCUAGAUUUUUUCCCUGUUGGUUCCACAAUUGUAAAAGAUAAUAAUAUUAGUUGGACAGUUAAGGCCUUCAUCCUUUAACAGAAGCAAACAGAAGGGGGUUCCAUCCUUUCCUGAAGGUGACACUCUGUGAGUGUCCAUGAGAGGCAGCUCAUUGCACUCUAAAUUGCAAACAGAAUUCAGGUGUUUUAAGACUGAAUGUUUUUAUUUAUCAAAAUGUAGCUUUUGGGGAGGGAGGGGAAAUGUAAUACUGGAAUAAUUUGUAAAUGAUUUUAAUUUUAUAUUCAUGAAAAGAAUUUAU